AUGGCGAUCUUCUCCUACCUCCGGUCCAUCUACGACCUCGACACCCUCGACACUCGCUUCACGAGCCCCUCCUCCGUCCCGUACAAGACUGUCGUCGAAGCGCGUGCCGACCCCGCGUUGGGCAGAGAACCUCCAAUCAAGGCCCACAGUCGCUCUCAGCCGUCAAAAUGGAGAUCCCCAGAGUUUCUCCUCUACUACCUCGUGCUGUCCGUCGUGGUGCCGUGGAUGUUCUGGAUCGCAUACGACGUCUCGCGCCCUACCGACCCUCGAUACCACAAAUAUGAAAGGUUGCUUUCUGAUGGCUGGAUUCCAGGGCGCAAGAUUGAUGUGUCCGACCAGCAAUAUAGCUUCUUCCGAUCCAACCUCCCUGCCAUGAGCGCUCUUCUGGUCGUGCAUCCGCUGCUUAGAAAAGCCUGGAACUCGGUUUUCCCCGUAUCAAACGAACUGCACCGAAGGUCAACGGCCGACCAGGGAGCUGCGCGACUGAAGCAGCGUGCGAGCUUCGACUUUAUCUUCGCCCUAGUCUUCCUCGCCGUUCUUCAUGGCGUCUCUGCGCUCAAAGUGCUGGCCAUUUUGUAUGUCAAUUACAAGAUAGCUACGGCUCUGCCGAGGAAACAUGUGCCCACGGCGACGUGGGCCUUCAACAUCAUCACGCUCUUUGCCAACGAGACUUUCCAGGGGUAUCACUUCAAGCGGAUAGCCCAAUGGCUGUCUCCUGUCUCCGCCGAUGCCCAUGCGGCACAGCCCUUUCUCGUACAAUGGGGCGCGACUUUGGACAGCUAUGGCGGCCUAAACCCUCGUUGGGAGGUGCUCUUCAACCUCACCAUCCUGCGCCUCAUCAGCUUCAAUCUCGACUAUUACUGGAGCCUUGACUCCCGCAGUGGAAGCCCGCUCGAGAAGAAGCAACUCGACCCCUCCAAUCUCUCCGAACGUGACCGCAUCGCCAUCCCGGCCGAACCCCAGGACUUCACCUGGCGGAACUACGUUGCAUACACCAUCUAUGCGCCCCUCUACCUCGUGGGACCCAUCAUGACCUUCAAUGACUUCAUAUCACAGCUCAAGCACCGUUCUGCCAGUAUCGAAGGGCCCCGGACAGCCCGCUAUGCGGUCCGCUUCGUUUUCACCCUUCUAGCCAUGGAAGUCAUCCUCCACUACGACUAUGUUGGCGCCAUCUCCCACGCCGCCCCUGUCUGGGCCGACUACACGGCUGCUCAACUGUCCCUCCUUUCCUUCUUCAACCUUCACCUCAUCUGGCUUAAACUCCUCCUCCCCUGGCGCCUCUUCCGUCUCUGGGCCCUGCUCGACGGCGUCGACCCUCCCGAGAACAUGAUCCGCUGCGUCUCCAAUAACUUCUCCACAAAGUCUUUCUGGAAAGCAUGGCACCGCUCCUACAACCGCUGGCUCAUCCGCUACAUCUACGUGCCCCUCGGCGGCGCCGACUUUGCCGGCGGCUGGCGCCGCUCCGUCCGCUCCGUCGCGACCUUUCUCCUCGUCUUCACCUUUGUUGCGCUGUGGCACGACAUUCGUCUACGCCUGCUCAUCUGGGGCUGGCUCAUCGUGCUGUUCAUGAUGCCCGAGGUCAUCGCCGGCUUCCUGUUCCCGGCCAAAAAGUACACGGCCAAGCAGUACCGCAUGCUCAGCGGCGCCGGUGCCGUGGCCAACGUGAUCAUGAUGAUCAUGGCCAACCUCGUCGGUUUCGCCGUCGGGCUGGAUGGGCUGCAGGCGAUUCUGUAUCAGAUCCUGCAUGACUGGUCCGGGCUUCUCUUCCUCGUCACGGCAUGCGGGGCGCUGUUCGUGGGUAUUCAGGUCAUGUUUGAGAUUCGCGAGUCGGAACUCCGGAAGGGCAUUUCACUCAAGUGCUAG